AUGGUUCAUCAACCAAUGGUGACCAAUCUUGAUGAUGAUGAUGAUGAUGAUUAUAUUGAAAAAUUGUCACUUCCAACUAAACGGGGAAGAGAUAGGUCAAGCCAUGGAUCAUCGACUAAAGGUCCUGGAUUGCUAUUCCCAAGAGAUGGAAGCAAAGGCGGUGAAAAGAUAGCUUUUGCACGAUGGGUCUAUGAUGCCGGGCUCCCCUUCAAUUGUGUCAACUAUGACACUUUUGGAGACUUUAUUGAGGUCGUUGGUCAAUACGGACCUGGAAUGAAGCCUCCCACUUAUCAUGAAAUAAGAGGUCCUUAUCUAAAUAAGGAAGUGGAGGAGACUAAUAAAAUUGUUGAGGAGCAUAAAGUUGUGUGGAACAAGUAUGACUGCUCCAUUAUGAUGGAUAAGUGGACGGCAAGAACGGGGAAAAUGAUUAUUAAUGUGUUGGUGAAUUCUCCCCGGGGAAGUUUGUUUCUUGAGUCCAUUGAUGCUAGCGACUCAUCCACUAACCACAUGAAAAUGUUCACCUUAUUUCAGAACACCACCGAAAAGAUUGGUCCAAGCAAAGUUGUUCAAGUGGUCACUGAUAAUGCAAGUGAAAAUGUGAAAGCGGGUGGCAUGAUUGAAGGAGCGUACAAGAAUGUCUAUUGGACUCCAUGUGCGGCUCAUUGUAUCAACUUGAUGUUCGGGGACAUUUUCAAGGAAAAACCCUUCUCUACAAUUUUUGGCCAGGGCGUUAGGGUACAUUCUUAUAUUUCUCAGACCUUUUUAUUGAAUAUGAUGAGAAGAUUCACCAUGUAA